GGAAAAUCGCUAAGUCUCAUCUGCGGGGCCCUUUCCUGGCUCCGAGACUUCGAGGAGAAGAAGCAGCAGGAGGAGGCACGAAUUCUGGCACUGGAGGAGGGCGAACAGGAGGACUUGAAGAAUCAUCCAACCUCGGCUGGGCCAGGACACGCCAAGAGCGAAGGCGCCGCUGGGGAACCGGACUGGGUUACGGCGUUUGUGCAGAAGAAAGAAGAGCGAGACAUGGUGGUCAGGCUUAAGGAAGAGCAGAUCAGGAGGAAAAAGCGAGAAGAUCGCCUUGAGAAAAUUCGCAAUAAUGUGCAGUUAAAAUAUGCGGCAAAGAGGAAGAGGUCUGAGGAGGAUGAGGCAAAGCGCCUUCUUCAGCUCAGUAAGGAGGUUCUUUCAGAGGGAGCUGGAGUGGGUGAUCUAGAACAGCUGGAUCACAAUGAGGAGGAGCUGAUUCUUGCUGAAUAUGAGAGUGAUGAAGAAAAGAAAGUGGUAUCUGGGCUGGAAGAAGAUGACGACGAUUUGGAAGAGGAGCACGUGACUAAGAUUUACUACUGCAGCCGCACUCACUCCCAGCUGUCACAGUUUGUGCAUGAGGUGCAGAAAAGUCCCUUUGGCAAGGACACGCGUCUCGUCUCUCUCGGAUCCAGGCAGAACCUGUGUGUGAAUGAGGAGGUGCGACGCUUGGGGGCUCUCCAGCUCAUCAAUGAUCGCUGCACAGAGAUGCAAAAGAACAAACACGAAAAGAAGAGUGAUGAAGGUAAGAAGAGACGUGUGAGCCGCACCGUAUGCCCAUUUUAUUCCUAUGAGCAAAUGCAGUUUCUCCGUGAUGAAGUUCUAGUGGAAGUGAAGGAUAUUGAGCAGUUAGUGACUUUGGGAAGGGAGACCAAAGCCUGCCCAUACUAUGGGAGUCGAUACUGUGUGCUUCUCCUGCAGCUGGUGGUGCUGCCCUAUCAAAUGCUCUUGCAUGAGCCUACCAGGAACGCUGCGGGGAUCAAGCUGAAGGACCAGGUUGUGAUCAUUGACGAGGCCCACAACCUCAUAGACACCAUCACCUGCAUCCAUAGCGCGGAAGUCAGCGGCUCUCAGCUGUGCUGUGCCCACUCCCAGCUGUUGCAGUACAUGGAGCGAUACAGGAAACGUCUGAAGGCAAAGAACUUGAUGUACAUUAAGCAGAUCCUGUAUUUGCUGGAGCGGUUUGUGGCCAUGCUGGGAGGUAAUGUGAACCAAAAUCCUAGCUGUCAGGCAGUUUCCCAACCAGGAACAGUGCUAAAAUCCAUCAAUGACUUUCUGUUUCAGAGCCAGAUUGACAAUAUCAACCUCUUCAAGGUUCAGCGUUACUGCGAGAAGAGCCUCAUCAGUAGGAAGCUUUUUGGGUUUGUGGAGCGAUAUGGAAGCCCUGCCACAACUGUGAAGACAAACAAGGAGAACCAGAAGUUGGCUGGUUUGCAGAACUUUCUUCUGACCCUCCAGCAGGGGUCUGAUAAAGGGGGUAUUGCCCCAAGCCCUCCUGUGGAGACUGAGAACGACCAGCUCCGAACUGCUUCUCCACUGAUGCACAUUGAAGGAUUUCUUUCAGCCCUCACAAAUGCAAACCAAGAUGGCAGAGUCAUUCUCAACAGGCAAGGCACAGUUGGUCAGAGCAGCCUCAAAUUCCUCUUGCUGAAUCCAGCUGUCCACUUUGCCAAGGUGGUGGAAGAGUGCCGUGCUGUAAUCAUUGCUGGCGGCACCAUGCAGCCGGUGGCCGAUUUCCGAGAGCAGCUCCUGUCCUGUGCUGGUGUGGACCCUGCGCGGGUUGUGGAGUUCUCCUGCGGACAUGUGAUUCCUCCAGAAAACAUUUUACCCAUAAUCCUCUGCAGUGGCCCUUCCAACCAACAACUGGAAUUUACCUACCAGACGAGAGACCUGCCCCAGAUGAUGGAUGAGACGGGCCGAAUCCUUUGCAACCUGUGCAACGUGGUCCCAGGGGGUGUGGUGUGCUUCUUCCCCUCCUACGAAUAUGAGAAGCAGGUGUACGCACACUGGGAGAAGACGGGGCUCCUCACCCGCCUGGCAACUAAGAAGAAGAUCUUUCAGGAGCCUAAGAAAGCCAACCAGGUGGAGCAGGUGCUGAUGGAAUAUGCCAAAUGCAUAAAGCGCUGCACCCAGGCAGGAGGAGGACAGAUGACGGGGGCCCUGCUGCUUUCCGUAGUUGGAGGCAAAAUGAGCGAAGGGAUCAACUUCUCCGAUGACCUGGGAAGGUGUGUGAUUAUGGUGGGAAUGCCUUACCCCAACAUAAAAUCUCCAGAGCUCCAGGAAAAAAUGGCUUGGCUUGACAAAACAAUGCCCAGAGCUGCAGGCCAGGCACCUAGCAGAGUGCUGGUUGAAAACCUGUGCAUGAAGGCAGUAAACCAGUCAAUAGGCAGAGCCAUUCGCCAUCAGAAGGACUUUGCAAGCAUCCUGCUCCUGGACCACAGGUACACGCGCCCUGCCAUCUUCAACAAACUGCCACAGUGGAUCAGGGAGAGAACCCAGGUGAAACCUGCCUUUGGAUCAGCAUUUGCAGAGUUAAGAAAGUUCCAUCGAGGGAAGUUGGAUGCUCUGUGCUGCAGCCCGGAGAACAGGCUCUAG